GGGGUAAAAAGUAAAUCGCGGUGGUGGGAGAAUUCAGCCCGGGGGACAUUGAACAAAGGUUGGUCGUUUCGAGAGGCGCAUUCACGAUUCAAACAUGGCAGCGGCUACCAGCGUUGUCGUCCUGGACAGGGGCAACAAUACCACCUGCACGAUCAAUCUACACGGUGCAACCGUAGUUUCUUGGCGAGUUAACAAUCAGGAGCAACUCUUCGUAAGUAAACAGGCUGUAUUCGACGGAAAGAAGGCCAUUAGAGGAGGCAUACCAUUUGUCUUCCCACAAUUUGGACCAUGGACGUUCGGACCACCCCAUGGAUUUGCCAGAAUUGUUCGUUGGAACGUAGAAAAAUCGCCAGAACGAUUGCCAAGCGGAGACGUCGAAGCAAUAUUCUCGAUAAUGGAUAACGAAUUCACACGGUCAAUGUGGAAUUACUCGUUCAGAUUAACCUAUAGGUUAAUCCUACGAGAGAAAGAACUUCAUUUCCACAUUGGCGUGUAUAAUCCGAGCAAAGAUCAUACCUUUAGCUUUAAUAUUCUACUACAUACUUAUUUCAAAGUUCCGGACGUUAGGAGAUGCCAGAUUACAGGCUUGCAUGGAUGCACAUUUAUUGACAAGACUAGAGACAACCAGAUUUUCCAAGAAGGUCGUGACGUGGUUACGGUAUGCGAAUGGACCGAUAGAAUCUAUCAAAAUACACCUGGGGAACACAUCAUCACGAACGUUGUUUCCGGAAGGAAGAUGCGUGUGCAAAAGUACAAUUUUCCGGAUACGGUGGUAUCGAAUCCUUGGCAAGAAAAGGCUCGUGAUAUACCGGAUUUUGGGGAUGACGAAUUUCCUAAUAUGAUAUGCGUCGAAAGUGGACAUGUUAGUAGUCCAGUCAUCCUUGUACCAGGCAUGACUUUUGAAGCCAGCCAAAUAUUGCAGGUGAUGUGAGUAGAGGGUGGGCCAAGUUCUCAUGCAAGUACUGCUACCAGCGGUAGCGGUGCACUGCUUCCGUCCGUUGUCUC